AUGGAUGCGGCCAUCUGUAGAACAUGUUGUCAAACUCUUGACAAAAAAUCACGAAGAACGAUUUUUUCUACUACAUUUGAGGUCUUCCAACAGCUGUAUGAGGAGUUGGGUUAUAUUCCACACGAAAAUGACGGAUCGUCUAAGUAUGUUUGUUAUCGUUGUUAUGCUAAGUUGAAGAAAUUAUCUAAAAUUGACUACGACUUAUUACACAAGUUGGAUGAACUAAGAAAGGAAAAAAUUGAGUUGAUAAAAUCUCUGCGUGAAAAUCUUACUUUAGACAAUGUAGAGUUAACUAGCGUAGGUGUGAAUGUGAGCGCAAGUUUCACUACCCCUGCAGAGUUAGGAACAAGCAAAGAUGUAUUUAGUGAAGAAGAUGGAUCAAAGAGAAGUAGACCUUUGAUACAUUCUCCAACUCCACGAAAAGUAAAGAGGUGUAAGCCAGGUUUGACAAAGACUCCAGAGAAACUUCGACAACCACGUAUAAAACUGUUUACACCUAGUAAAAUUAAGGUGUUGUUCAACGCUGGAAAACAGAUCAAGUGUAGAAUUGUAAAGGAUGCUGAACUUAGACAAGUGAUCAAAGCCAUUUCCAGGGGACAACCCAAAAGACGCAUAGCAAAGUUUGCAUACAAUUCUUCACUUAAAGAGGAGCUAGCAAAGUUUGUUAUUCAUGACAUUGAAAAAGACAUUACAGAGCUUACCUCAAAGAAAUCCAAUUGUUGUCUAAGGAGUACAGAAUGUGACAAUUUAUCAAGUUUCAAAUUUGAGAAAUUGCUUUUCGAAGUGCAGUUAUAUGCUCCUCUGUUAUAUAAGACACUAUCGCAUACUCUCAAAGAUUCUGUUGGAGUAGCAGUUACAACAGCCAUAAUUGCAAGAAACAGGAAUAUGCACAUGUCUGCACUUCAUCAUAUUAUUGCGCAAAUUUUGGAUCACAGUGGAGCAACAGAUGAGUGUAUUUCCUUGUUCCAAAAGUUGGGACUAAGUGUGUCCUCCUCUGCAGCAGCAAAGAAGAAGGUGGAUCUAGCAGAAUACCAGAAUGAACACAUCAACUCUACAGUUAUCAAUGAAAAGAGAGAACUUGAAACUUCAGCUCGUGUAUCAGCAGUUCUACAAGCCGAGUUCUUCAGGAGAAGUAGGAACUUUGAGCCAGUUGCGAAAUUUUGUUCACAGAAUUGAUGUCCAUGGGGGUGAUGAAGUAAUUCAAAAAUACAGAGCUCACUAUGCAUUUUCGAUUGACUGCUUAGAUGUUUUGAUCACAGGAGCAUGCCUACAUCUUCUUGAAAUGGAGAACUUAGAUUCCAAACCAAACCGGAAGCAAGAGCUUUUUGAGUCUCAUUC